GAGACUUGGAUAGAGAAGUAAUCUUAUUUGUGGAAAAUGAUGACUCUGAGAGCAGGGAAGCAGCAAUGCAUUUAGCAAAACAAUUUUUCACAAACAGUGACAGUAACAUCGUAAGGUUGUUUUAUUUUAAGAUUCUGCAUAGAGAAAUGAAGUUUGACAUAGAUUACAGGUUAUUGGAAAUAAACAUAGAACGUGUUACCGUAGAACAGAAGAUUAAGGAAACUGGAUGCAAUUUUAAAACAAUGGCAAGAGACUUUCUUAAAAAACUGCAGUUUUCCAAGCCAGAAAAAAGAGCGGUGAUUGUAUUGGAAAACAGUAUUGAAUCAUCAGUUGUCGCUAGCUUAGCAUUAUCCAAUAUUUCAGAGCCAUCGUUUUCAAUCUAUCGGUUGAUAAAAGAUUUCAGUUCUUCACUUUAUAAAGAUAACAGAUACAAAUAUGUAAAGGAUAUACACAUCAGUAAAUGGAGUUCUCUAUUUUCGAUUGGAUUCAGACGAUUUCCAGAAAUAUGUAAAGAGGCUACAAUUGUACCAUGUGCUGGGAAGUACAGAUGUUUGUCUAGUAAGCAAUGUAUACCAUUUGAACAAGUAUGUGAUGAUAUCAUUCAUUGCAGAAAUGGUGAUGAUGAACGACUUUGUAAUUCUGUAUGUCCAGAGAAAUGUAAUUGUACGGGUGAUGUUAUCAGUUGUAAGGAAGCCAAUAUAUCAAUGUCUGAUAUUUCAUCAUUGACUGUACAGGCUAGAAGUCUUGAUUUAAGCAUAAAUCCACAAGUUAAAGAAAUACCUAAACAAAAAUUAAGUUUUCCUUACAUGUUACGACUUAAUAUUUCAUCAUGUAGUAUUCAUUAUAUUGAUGAAAGAGCUUUCUUUGACUUGAAACAUUUGUUAUCGUUAGAUCUUAGCAACAAUAGAAUACAGCGAUUACCUGAUAUGGUUUUUAGCAAGCUUCGACGCCUAACAUAUUUGAAUCUUGACAGAAGUAAAGAAUUAACAAUGAUUUCAUCGACUGCUUUUAAAGGUUUGGAAUCAGUUAGAAGCUUAAAAAUAUCCGGCACAAACCUGAAAAAGAUUAGUUCACUUACAUUCUCUGGCUUGCAGUUGGACAGUAUCGAUAUUUCUUACAACAAAAUUGAGGAAAUUGAAGAUUAUGUCUUCAACAAUACGCUUGUUCAUAAAAUUAACUUUGAAGGCAAUAAAGUUAUAAAAUUCGGAGAAUCUAUGUUUAACGGCGUAAGAUCACUUCGGGAGCUUCAUACACCUGCAUUUAAAUUCUGCUGUAUCCGACCUUGUUAUCUUCCUGAAGAAGAUUGCAAACCACUGAAGAAUGAGUUUUCUUCAUGUGAAGACCUGAUGAGAAACUCUGUACUUCAAGCUGUCCUUUGGAUAGUUGGUGUAGCUUCAUUGCUCGGGAACGUAUCGUCAAUUAUCUACCGUCUCGUGUACGAUCGUGAAAGGCUAAAAAUAGGAUAUGGCAUAUUUGUAACCAACCUAGCAGUUGCAGAUUUCCUGAUGGGUGUUUACCUCAUCAUGAUAGCAGUUGCUGAUUCACUCUAUAGAAACAGAUAUAUAUUUGUGGACGAUCAAUGGAGAAACAGUAAUUGGUGUAUUACUGCCGGAGUUUUAUCUACAAUUUCAUCUGAAGCCAGUGUCCUCUUUCUUUGCUUGAUAACAUUAGAUAGACUUUUAGUGAUCAAGUUUCCGUUUGGUACAGUGAGGUUUGGACCUAUGAAGGCCUAUGUCUCUUGUGCAUUGUGCUGGUUCAUUUCAAUCACCCUAUCGGUCAUUCCAAUUCUUUACACAAGUCACUUCCAAAACGAAUUUUACUCUAGAACAGGGGUUUGUACUGCAUUGCCUUUAACACGAGAUAAACCUCCAGGGUGGAUUUAUUCUGUAUCCAUUUUUGUCGGCCUGAAUUUUUGUACUUUCAUUCUUGUUGCUAUAGGACAAAUCUCAAUAUUCACAGAACUUCGACGAUCAACAUCAGUUAUGAAGAAGACACAAAUGUCAAGAAGACGUGACUUGAAAGUUGCUAGAAAUCUUAUACUCGUUGCAACAACUGAUUUCCUUUGUUGGUUUCCGAUAGGUGUGAUGGGUAUUUUAGCCUUGAACGGAUUACCGAUUCCAAGUGGUGUUUAUGCAUGGUCAGUCGUUUUCAUUUUACCAAUUAACUCUGCUCUGAACCCGUUUUUGUAUACAGUGACAGCAAUAAUUGGGAAGAAGAGUUUCAAUCCAAGUCUUGAUGAGCAGAGUCGAACAGCGGUCCAGAAAGAAAUUGGCACCGCCAUUUUAGAAUAUCAGCAAUUUAGCAAAUCUGUGCGGAUGAUAAGUGAACUUGUACCAGUCGGGACGAAACGUAGUAUUCAAGAAAUUCUUGAUGAUGACAGUUGCUUGUCAGUCAAUGUUGUUGCGGCUCUGUGCAAAGAACUUGCCGAUUAUCUACGUCUGUUGCAUGAGAAUUAUAUUGCUAUAGAUCAGAUAUGUGAGAAAAACAUUUACAUUCAAGUGUAUAAAACAAAGGUACACAAACCAAUUGUUGUAAUCGAUGCCAAAGCGACGCUAGCUGCCGAUGAAAGAGCUCUACAGGAAAAUAUCCGCCAAUUUGGUAGCAUUCUCCGAAAACUUAUUUUAAAAUGUGAAAAGGGUUUAAAGAAAUGAUGUGUAUGCAAUGAAUGCAAGUCACCUGUAUUACGCGGUUUAUGUACUAAGUAAUAUAUGUGAGUGAGACAAAAAUAAGUGCUGGCGCACCAUUAUAUAACCCGUAUUCGGUAUAUAUUUGUGAACAUGAACUCUGAAAUCGUCUAGAGAUACUGUGCUCCAACACUGUAUAGUUAAAUCAAAAAUGCGUUGCAUUGGUACAGGAUGACGUGAAUAGGAAAUUGAAAAUACUUGACUUGUUAUUUUCCCGUGUAGAUAUUUUGAAUUUCAAGUGGUGUAACGUUUUUUUUUC